CACUUUCGCGUUUGCCCGUGUUUACAUUCCUCUCGCGAAUAUUCAAGGGUUAGAAGGUUAGAAAAAUUAAUAGCUGGAAGUAAUCGUAGAAUGUGAACAAACAUGAAUGCAAUAUGACUUGCUUGUGAUUGUUGAGUUCGAUUGCCAUUCUUUUUUUCUAAUGUCAAAUGUUGAGUUGCAUUCAUUUUACGACUAAGACGUCAACAACGCGGUGCACCGAAUUGGUUAAGUGUCCAUUUGUUUGAAACAUGACGCAUUUAAACGUACCGCUAUUAUUUUUUACGAUUUCUUUUAUUAUCGAGACGGUGUCUCCGCACAAUGAUUUCUUCGACGAGGAGUUAAUGUUGAAACCAUUAUCGAGCAAUCAUGUUUACGCGUACUUUCAAUUCACUACCGUGUGGGAGGCGCCGAAAGAAAUAAAGACAUUACAACAUUCCCAUUUAUUUCCAAGAGGGCUUGGAGAAAUUAUAAGUCGUCAUGGUGUAGACGAACUACAUCUCACUUUAACCAAAGGAUUAUGGAAUUACCAAAAAUGGGGUUAUCCCUACCAUGAUGCAGGUCCAGGUGCAGAAAUCACAACUUGGUUUAAUAAAGAUGUUGUCAAUGUCGACAACGAAUGGAAAGGUUUGACAAAUGCUCUGGCUGGACUGUUUUGUGCCUCGUUAAAUUUUGUUAAUCCUUCGAACAGUAUGUCUCCGGAAUUCACAUUCCGACCUAGCGGUAUCGUAGAGAGUAAUAGUAUAAACUCUAGUCAUUUACGCUAUUCAUCACUGCCAAGAGAAAUAGUUUGCACAGAAAAUUUGACACCAUUCAAAAAAUUACUGCCAUGCGAUUCUAAGAAAGGUUUAGCAGCAUUGUUGAAUUCAGCAUACAUUCAUAAUACAAAUUACCAUUCCAUUGGAGUUCACUUCCGCGUGAUAUGUUCCAACGCAGUGUGUACAAAAACAUCGUUAGAAUUACGACAGUCCGUUUCGUUAGUAUAUGAUACGAUGGUAGAUACGUCUCAGGACUGGUCAAUUCUAAAAUUCUUUGGAAUGGGUAUUAAAGGGGCGUGUCCUCUCGCCUCGUUGAGCAAUAUAUACGUAGACGUUUCUAAUAACAAUACAAAUCAGAUUUACCGAUUAACACCUCAGCCGAGUGCUAAAAUUACUAGUCUUCGAGGUGGUCAACGGAACGAAAUAGCCGUGUACGAUAUUAGAGCACAUUCCGCAAAAGGAAUAUUUAAUAUUGGAGUUACUCAUAACGCUGGCGCCAAAGUUAGUCUAAACUAUCCAUCGAUUUUAUAUGCGAAUAGAUAUAUUAUCGGAUACGGGCAGGAAAGGGGCAGCCUGGUAACAAAGCUCUAUAACAAUUACUGGCAACCACUUGAUGUGGUUCUGUUAGAAAAUAUUCCAUGGUACUUGCUGGUAUAUUUUCAUUCCGUUACAAUAACUUGCGAGGGACAACAGAUAGUCCCAUUGGCUCAACGUUAUCUGCCUGGCAAAGAAAGGAAAAGUCCAUACUAUCUUGAAAUGGUUUUACGUUUACCAGCACGAUCGGUGACUAGGUUUUCCAUAGAAAUGGAUUAUUCGUUUCUUAAGUGGCAGGAAUAUCCACCGGAUGCUAACCAUGGAUUUUAUAUGGGCUCAGCCGUAAUUACCGCAUUGCUUCCCAUAGCGAGAAAUUACACUGCGCUACCGCUCGACGGAAGUACCAUAACAUCUAGUUUCAAUGCUUCGAGAGCCGGAUACUUGGUACAACUGAGAACGGAAUCUUUACUUAUCAGUCUACCCACGCCCGAUUUCAGCAUGCCGUACAAUGUAAUUUGCUUGGCAUGCACAGCCGUCGCCCUCGCGUUUGGUCCGCUUCAUAAUAUCUCCACGAAAACGUUAGUCUUGAAGAAAAUAGAAAUGAAUUGGAAAGAGAAAUUGUUCGCUUCCUUAAUGGAAAAGUUUGUGAAACUAAAAAAGAAAAAACAAGAAUAAAAAUAUGUGAUUUAUUUGUCUUGUUCCUACA